AUGGCGAGCACGCCGGGCUCCGGCUACCUCCAGUUCAAGAUCGACUACUCCGCCGCCGCCCGCCGCCGCCGCCGCCGCGCCACCGUGCAAACGAAGCACGUCUCCGCCGGCGGCCACCUCUGGCGGGUCCGCUGCUACCCAUAUCGCCUGGGGCUGGGAGACGUCUCCGUCUUCUUCGACCUCCCGGCGGCAACCUCCACGGCGCCGGCGCCCAUCAUCACGGCCGUCCUCGAGGCCUUCCUGAUCGGAUCCGACGGCUCCCCUUCCCGCGGCCGGAGGAGCGUCGUCUCCUGCUCCCCCGGCGCCGAUCCCGCGAAGCCGCCCCGCCCCUGGGGAUGGCCCCGCGUCGCCGGAGGCGAGAAAGACGACUGGCGUCUCCAAUCGCACGAGUACCUCAACGGAGGCCACGUCACCGUCCUGUGCGGGGUCAUCGUUCUGGGCGGCGGCGAGCCUGCUGGGCCGUCGGCGGUGGGCCAGCUCGGCAGCCACCUCGGCGGCCUGCUAGACAACGACCUCACGUCGGACGUGUCGUUCCUCGUGGGCGGGGAGACGGUCAAGGCCCACCGGGCCGUGCUGGCGGCCCGGUCGCCCGUGUUCAAGGCCGCGCUGUUCGGACCCAUGGCGGAGGCCCAGAUGGCCCAUAUCACGCUAGAAAACCUCGACCCGGACACCUUCAGGAACCUCCUGCGCUUCAUCUACACCGACGACGACAACAAUGACAAGGAACAAAAUGUGCUCCGGGGCUUGCGAUUGCUGGCGGCGGCAGACCGGUACGGCGUGGGCGGGCUGAAGCACGCGUGCGAGCAGCGGCGGGCCUUGACGGCCGGCACGGCGGCGGCGGCGCUGGAGUGCGCCGAGAUGCACGGCUUGCCGGGGUUGAGGAAGAGAUGCGUCGACUUCCUCGUGGCGAAGAAGGGUAACCUGCGGAAGGCGGCGGCGACGGAGGCGUACGGGCGGCUCUUCCCGUGGGUGAUCCAAGAGAUUGAAGACAAGGCCAAGCGCCGGGAGGAGCGGAAACAAGGCGCGCUCGCGGAUGAAGUGGGCUCUGUGUUGAGCUGGAGCAGGAAGCGUAGCGCAAGUGACAUCGCAGCUGAUCCCUCCGUUUCAUAA